AUGUCAGAGUUCGACAUAGUAUGCGUCCCUCCCAAAGCGAUCAAAGGCCAAGCAGUUGCGGACUUACUGGCUACCUUUCCAGGAGAAUAUGUCACAACGUUACAGGACGACGUACCUGGUGAAUUUCUAGAAAUCUCAGUUGUCAAAGAGGAGACAUGUCUAUCAUACUUUGAUGGAUCUGCUACACCUAGCAAUGACACCGGAGGAGCGGGCGUGGUACUGGUUUCUCCAUCGGGUGAAGUUUUAUCACAUUCAUUUAAAUUGGACUUCCAUUGCACCAACAAUUCAGAAAAGUAUGAAGCUUUCUUGUUAGGGCUAUCCUUGGCUAAACAAGCGGGAGCAAUGUACCUGGAGAUCAGAGGAUAUUCGAAGCUGCUGGUCAAUCGAAUGAAUAGUGUGUACUCUCUCAAAGAAUUAACACGUGCUCCAUUCAGAGCCGAAGCACAACAACUCUUUACUCAUUUUGAUGAUACAAAAAUUGUUCAUACCGGCCGGACCAAUAAUAAACAUGCUGCUUUCUUGGAAACUCUCGCCUCCAAACUACAAUUCGAAGGGCCCGAGAAAGCUAUCAUGGUGCAAAGACGUGCAAUAUCAUCUACAUGGAUUGAUCAAGCUGAAGAUGCUCAAGCAAGCGACUGGCGAGCACAUAUCAUUCAUGAGUUGAGCAGUUCCAUUUCAGAAGGGAAAGUCAUCCUCAAAGAAUUAAGAAACUUCUUCCUGCUUCCUGGAGCCUUGUACUACCGCAAUCCUGAUGCAUACUUAUCACGGUGCCUUGGAGACGAGGAAGCGAAGGAAAAACUUGAAAGUUUACACAAAGAAAUAUGUGGUCAAACAUUAGUGAUAACACUUUACAGAAGACUUCAAAGACUCCGGUAUUAUUGGCCCUCCAUGGAAGCUCAGUCAAGAACUUUGCAAGGGUCUUGUCUUAACUGUUAA